CCGGAGUUGAACGCGGCGCUAUUAGCCUAUUCCUUGGCGGUGUGUUGGCGAUCUGACACUGAUCAGGUCUGCGUAUAUCACAAGUUUCCAAAGGGGGGGAGGGACAAAAUUUUCCUGGAAUUUAGACACCGGUACGAAUAUGUGCAUUAUCUGGAUCAUCGCGCCAGUUGUUCCGCCAUUCGCCUCAAAAAAAUCUGUCUGAGCCAUGCCAUAGCGGAUGUAAACUUAUUCCAGCGGAUUUUUUUUCGUUUCUGUCGUUCUCAACGUUCUCGCCAUUAGAGGACAUCUCGCUAAUGGCUCUCAGCAACAUCAUCAUUUCUCAACAAUUCGAGCGCUGCUGAAAGAAGCGACCAUUACCGUUGCCCCAACGCUCCCUCCAGACUUUCACAAGUUUACGUUCCGCCUAGAUUGCGACAGAGAGAGGUAUGGAAGACAGAGAUGAUAAGCUAUCAAGUUCGCUCCCAGAAACAUUACACGCACACAUAAUACGUCCCAACGAUCUAGAUGGGCCCUCCGAUGAGGCGUCAUCGAGUGUUCAAGACAAACAUCCCGUCCAGCGACAGGCCUCCAAAUUUAUAUCGUCGUUGACUCCUGCGACCUUUCCAAACAGUCAUGGAUCACGAGGGGAGUCAUCGCACAGAUUAGUCUCACCAGACAUAGAAGAAAGUGGAUAUAGUACCCGAAACGGAGGUGCUGCCGCUGGCUUCGCGCACCUUCCAGGCAGCGAGCCACCCUUCCACUAUCAGUAUCAUUCCUAUACGUACCCCCCACUCCUUCCCAAUCAAUAUCAAUAUUAUGUGCCUUCACCGAACACUUUUCAAGGCGGCGGGGCAGGGCCUUCAUCAUUGCCCCACAGGGCCCGCAGGCCGGGAGGUGGCAGUCGCGCGCCAGGAGGCAGUCGAGAGGGAGAUGACGACAAAAACUUUGGGCCGACGUACGACUUGUCCCUCGAUGAUGCACAAGAGAUCGGUAGAUACUCGACUUCACAGCCAAGACCAGUGCCCGUUGCGCCUUUUUUCAGCAGUCGUGCAAGUAGCCCCAGGCUGUACAGUGCCCCUCACUCAUAUGACGAUUCUCGUCGCCUACAACAGCCUUCGCAUCACCUUGAACCAAAUACCAUACGACAUCACUCGCUUCCUUCUCGGCCAUGGGACACGGGUAGUCGCUCUGGGUCCUCCAGUAGUCGACACGCACCAGGAGCAUUGCCAAGUGAUCGCCCGAUUCAACGGGCAUCCUCGUAUUCUCUCCCUUCAUUUGGUGAUUUGACGCGGCCUCUCAGGCAAGAGUACUCCGACAGAGGGCUGCAAUCGCCCCCGUUCGGUGUACUUGACAAGACACAGAAAAUCUUGCCUACAGAGGGAUCAGUAGAGGGGAGAGAGUCCAGUAACGACAGACCUACCGACAGUGCGAGUGCGUCUAGGCGAGGUAAGAGAAAGCGAUCAGACACUCAGGACGAAAGGAAGACCAAAGCUGGAAGUAAGAUCUACGUUGCGUGUGAUUUUUGCCGAGGGCGGAAGCUGCGAUGUGAUGGGAGCAAACCUUCCUGCGCGAAUUGCUUCACACGAAAGCUGAAUUGUGAAUAUAAGGAUCACCCCAGACGUCGUGGCCCUGGAAAAGCACCGAAAGGCUCGCGGACCAAGAAAUCAGAAGGGAAAGGUCGAAAGGGGAGGAAAAGUUCUAAAGCAGCCGCAAGUGAAGCUGAUAGGGAAGGGUCCGAACAGCCUUCAGCUGCAGCACUCCCAGAUCGGCAUGUAUUUGAGCCACCGAUGAUGUUACCAGGUCACAGUCACCUCCGCUUAUCCGAGCUGGAGGCCGUUUAUGCGCCGCCGCCCUACGCUGAUCGGCCAAUUGCUUCGAACUUGCAUCGGGAAGGAGCAGAAGCGAUAGCACACUAUCAGUUUACGAGCGGUGUGUUUGAACAAGGAGGAGUGGAGGGUUUGAGACCAGGCUGGGGACGAGACGAAGAAGACAGCCGGUCAGCGGAGUCUGGACAUACAUCAUUACCUCCUGGUGAUACAGACGAGGAGGAUCGACACCCACAACUGUCCACGGUGUUGACGGGAUGAUGACCCGGCGGCGCACUGCUUGUUACGUAUUCUGGAGAUCGGAUACCUGUUUAUCGUUGCUACGCUCUUUUCUUGUCUAGAUGCGAAUGUUGUUUCGGAAUCACCCUCUUUUCCGUGGCUGAGCCAUAUCCGCCGUACCCUAUUUCCUUGAUUCAAUCCUGGUGCUGUGAUAACCUGGGAUUUAAUUUUCUCAGCUCCAGAUAGCCUCUGAUAACCUAUCUUAUUAUAAUGUUAUCAUUUAUUUCUAUGAUAUACUCGGUAAUAAAUAAAUGAAAUUAUUGAAUAG